AUGGCGGACUUCUGCGAAGAAAACGGGAUCCGACUCGACCUCGCCUCAGUCGCCCAUCCUGAGUCGAAUGGCCAAGCAGAAAGGGCCAACCAGAGCAUCCUCCAUGGGAUCAAGCCACGAUUGGAGGUACCCCUGGAGCACGCCGCCGGAUGCUGGGCGGAAGAACUACCAUCUGUGCUCUGGGGCAUACACACAACACCAAAUAGAUCGACGAGCUACACGCCUUUCUUCCUAAUCUAUGGAGCGGAAGCCGUCAUGCCCACGGACAUCCACCAUGACUCGCCACACGUCGUGAACUACUCGGAAGAAGAAAACAAGCUCGCCCGUCAGGACAGAGUCGACCUCCUCGACAAGGACAGAGAACUCGCCCUCUCCAGGACGACCAUAUACCAGCAAGGCCUCCGGCGCUAUCACAGUCGCCACGUCCGCAGUCUUUCCUUCCAGGAAGGCAACCUCGUACUUAGGUUAAUCCAGGACAAGAAGGGCAUGCAUAAGCUGUCUCCACCAUGGGAGGGGUCAUUCGACGUUAGCCGCGUGCUCGGCAAUGAUGCCUACUACCUCACGGACGUGCGCAAGGACGACGACGGCAACCCGCUCACCCGAGAGGUCGAGCGCCCCUGGAACGUCAAUCUCCUUUGCCGUUUCUACACGUAA